UGGUGGACACGGCUUUGUACGUCAGUGUUAGGAUAUUGAAUUUGAUCCGUUGCGCAAUCGGAAGCCAGUGGAGGCAUUGGCAGAAGGGGGUGGAGGACACUGAAUGGAGGCCAGUGGAGGGAUUGGCAGAGAGGGGUGGAGGACACUGAGUGGAGGCCAGUGGAGGGAUUGGCAGAGAGGGGUGGAGGACACUGAGUGGAGGCCAGUGGAGGGAUUGGCAGAGGGCGGUGGAGGACACUGAAUGGAGGCCAGUGGAGGGAUUGGCAGAGGGGGGUGGCGGACACUGAAUGGAGGCCAGUGGAGGGAUUGGCAGAGAGGGGUGGAGGACACACUGAAUGGAGGCCAGUGGAGGGAUUGGCAGAGGGGGGUGGAGGACACUGAAUGGAGGCCAGUGGAGGGAUUGGCAGAGGGGGGUGGCGGAGAUGGAGCAGUUGGAAUGGAUGGACUGAAGCGGGGAUAGCCUGUGGUGGGGCAGGCCAGUGAGGAGGGAGUUGCAGUAGUCGAGUCGUGAUAUGAUGAGGGAGUGGAUGAGCUG